AUGCGAUCCUUUGCCGCCCUGUUUCUGCCCGUCUUGGCCGCCGCCAACCCCAUCGGAAUCGUCACCGGUGGCGAUGGCCCAUCGCCGGACCAGAUCCAGAUCGUGAGCGUCUCAGCCAGCGGUAACGGCUGCCCCCAGGGCACCGUCACGACGGACAUGUCCGAUGACCGAACGAUCGUCACCUUCGGAUUCGAUGCGUUCCAGACGUACAUUGGACCUGGCACCACGGUGGCAGACAAGUCCAAGAACUGCCAGCUUCACUUGAGUCUGUCGUACCCUGGUGGCUUCCAGUACUCCGUCGUCGAAUCGACCUACCACGGGUACGCCCAGCUGGAGACGGGAGUUACUGGAACGUUCUACUCGACCUACUACUUCAGUCAGGACGCUGCUGCCACUACCACUACGGAAACAUCCAUCGAAGGAGGCAGCGAGUGGGAAGGCGGUGAUGUCUACACGAAACAGGACCAGGUCCCGACAGCUUCGGUCAUCUGGUCGCCCUGCGGCGCCAGCGGCAUCCUCAACGUCAACAACCGCAUUGCGCUGACGUCCAACGACACGACCGCCUCGGGCCAGAUUUCCGACGACGAUGCUACAGUAGCGUUCACGCAGCAGACGCACCUUUCUUGGCAGGCGUGCCAACCCAUCACGACUGUCGCCUUCCAGGGACCUCUGCGCAUGAUGGGCUCAAUCCUACGGAUAAUCAUCGAUACACCAGACCCUUUCACCUUGAAGGAGGGGUCCAGCGUCCAGCCCCAGGCUGCUGAUCAACAUGAGAUAAAUGAGCAGGCCGAGUCGGCCGAGCAGCCUAAGCUGUCGGGAAUGAUGAUGAUGGGCAGAGAUACUUAUCUUAGUGGUUUGGUGCUCUGCAAGCCCUUGAUGCCGCUUUCAUACUUCAUACAGCAGAUCAAGUUACACGAUUCCCCUGCCACUUCGCGAAACAUAUACAUCAACGUUGGUUAUAGACAACCUAACCAUACCCGAAAGCUGAAAUUUACCGUCGUUGUCUAUCUCGAAAUUCGCGAACAGCUCGUCAAGUACGGUGGACCAGAGUGCGAAGGUUCCUACACUUGCCACUGGGGAAUAUGCAUGGGUUUCUUUCAUAUUAAUCUCGAGUCAUCCGCCGGUAACCAACACAGGAAGUCAUGUGCCAAGGAAGCUUCAAAAGGCUACCGUAAAGGCCGCAAGAUCGAGGAAUUUUGCAGCCAGGACACCCACCGACCACGCUAUCGAUUACAGAUGACCGUGGACGACUCGCUAUCCAGAGUCGUCAGAGAAUUCAGUUUGCUAAAUCGAGCUGUCAUUGGCAACGAUACCUUGGCUCGGACGUACUGGUACAACUCCGAGGCCGGAGAUCCGGUGUGGUCAGCAGCUUCCGCCGAACACCUCGGGAAAUGGUUCCCCGACGGGACGAAGAAAAUCGCGGACGUCUCAUACGCCGAGAGGAGCGGAGAACUUCCCACGAUGAAAUGGGUUGAUGGAGCUCAUGUUUACAACGGCUAG